AUGAGUGCAAGAGUAAGAUCAAGAUCCAGAGGGAGGGGAUCUCCCUCUGGCCAUGAGCCUUCUAACGCUGCGGAACCUCCGGCCCAGCCUGAAAGAGUUGAAAGAUCUGAGGAGGAGUUGCCAGCUCAGAUUCUGGAUGUUGAAAAUGACGAAGAGGAUGAAGAACCACCCAGAGUUCAAGAAGCUGAGAUGGAAGAUGUUGUCCAGGAAGAGACUGCAAUUGAGGGUGGAGAUGGCCCGAAUGUGAAAGGGAAGGUUGUCCCUGAUCCAGCCCCUGGUAGGAGGCCAGAAGCAGGUGAUGGACAGUAAUACAUCAAAAGGAAAACACACUGAAGUGACUGUUACUAUCAGUUUGAUUUGUUAAAAUGUCUCAAUAAAGCUCUAAAGUUUACUCAGAA